CAACUAAACUAAAAAGAAAAUAAGAAAAACUAAAACAACUAAGCUAAGACUUCUCAAAGAAGCCAAAGAAACAAAGCUUCACAAGGAAGCUAAACAGGGAAGGUGUGGCCAACAAUCGAAAAACCACCAUCGGAGAAGAACGAGGGCAACCUGAAACGGACAUCCGGACACAUGUAAAGGACAUCGGAGGCGAGAACGACAAUAUCGACGGCGAUGAACCACCGAUAUGGGUCAAAGAUCUAGUCUUCAAAGAUCAAACAACCAAAGAAGAGAAGAUCGGUCGAAAUAAGAGGGACGGACGGGACAGUGGAAGAAAACCACCAUCGGCGAGGCAGAACCAACGAACACGAACACGAACAGAGAGGCCGUUUCGAUGGAGCAACUUCAAAAUUCAGAUCGAAUUUCUUGUAGGAAGCCAACAAAAAUUAAUUUCACGAAGAAAUUGACUGUACUCUGUUGAAAAUACAUAAGGGAAGAUCAGAAAAGAGCCCUGAUUUGAUGGAAGAUCAAAAGGGGAGAACAAGAAAUAUAUCAGAUUAAAUUUCUUUGAGAAGAAGGCUAGAUAAUUUCGGAAUUAGGGGCUAGGCUUUCUAGAGAGAAGGGAGAGCCCCUCUCUCUAAAAAACUUUUACACCUAGCAGUAAUCAAUCUAAUAGAAAUAUAAGAACAAUUGAUUUGGGUUUUAGGUUUCAGAAAUUAAGUUCAUACAAAUUCUAUUUUCCUCUCUCCAAAUUACCAACUUCGAUCUUCAAAAAUGGCCCUGACCAAUGUAAUUGAAGAACAAACCAGUGAUCAAAAUUCUUUGAAUUCGAAUCUCUCUCCUCCAAAUUCAUACGGGAGUGUUGUUCUUGGCGGCACUUUUGACCGCUUGCAUGAUGGUCACCGCCUUUUCCUCCAGGUAGCAGCUGAUCUUGCUAGAGAUCGUGUUGUCAUUGGAGUUUGUGAUGGCCCAAUGCUAGCUAAAAAGCAGUAUGCAGAAUUGAUAGAGCCUAUCGAGAAAAGGAUGCAGAAUGUGCAAGAUUAUAUCAAGUCCAUCCAUCCGGAGCUCAUUGUACAAGUGGAACCUAUUGUAGAUCCUUAUGGUCCUUCUAUUGUUGAUGAAAAUUUGGAGGCCAUUGUAGUCAGUAAGGAGACUUAUCCCGGAGGAUUGUCAGUCAACCGAAAGAGAAUCGAGAAGGGGCUGUGUGAAGUAAAGAUUGAAGUUGUAGAUUUAGUACCGGAGGCAACAAGUGGUGAUAAGUUGAGUUCGACAACCUUAAGAAAGCUCGAAGCAGAGAAAGUAGGAGUUCAGCAAGAAGUGUAUUUUUCAGAAAUUAACCCGAAGAUGAAUGAUUUGAUGACGAAAUCGUUCUUAAAUUAUGUGGAUUUGAAGAAACAAAUCCAAUCAGACCAUGAAACAGAGCUUUCUGAACCAGAAACAUGGCAGGAAUUAAACCCAGUUGACCAAGAAAAUCUCUCUAUUUUCUUCAAACAAAUCGAUUCAAUAAAAUCCGAAAUGGGGGAAAUCAGUAACCUUCUUCACGAUCUCGAAUCCCUCCAUCAAGAAUCAAAGACAACACACAGCACCAAACUCCUCCGAGGGUUAAGAGAUCGAAUGGAUUCCGACACAAUUUCAAUCCUCCGAAAAGUCAAAACCCUAAAAUCCCAACUCGAAUCCCUCGACAAAUCGAACAUCAAAAACAGAAGAUUAUCAUCCUCGUUUCAUGAGGGUAGCAGUGUGGAUCGAACCAGGGUUACAGUCACAAACGGGUUAAGAAUCAAAUUCAAGGACAUAAUCUUCGAUUUCACAGGAUUAAGGGACACAAUCAUGAAUGAUCACAGGGAUGAUUUAAGAAGAAAGUACUACAAUGCAACAGGAGAGAAACCCAGUGAAGAAACUGUUGAGAAACUGUUGUCAGGAAGUAUGAAAAUCGGGUUUUUCGAGGAGGAAAAGGAGAGAUAUGGAGUUGUUAAGGAUAUUCAAAGAAGUUUGAAUAAACUUCAUCAGAUAUUUCUUGAUAUGGCUGUUUUGAUUGAUAAACAAGGUGAACAGAUUAAUGAUAUUGAGCAGAAUGUGGUGAAUGCAGGGGAUUAUAUCAGUGGUGGGACUAAUAGUCUGUAUUAUGCUAAACAGAUGAAGAAGAAGAACAGUAAAUGGGUUUAUUGGGUUUGGGCUGUUGGAUUCAUCAUCUUGUUGGUCUGUUUCAUCUCCUUAAUUGCACUUAGUUAGGUUAAUUGGGGUUUUUGAUUUGGUUAUGUAAAUGGAUUUUAGGGUUUAAGGGUGGGUUUUGAGCUUUUCUGAGCUCAUUUAGUUGGUUGCUUUCGGAUUUGUCAAAUCUUUUUGGCUUGUUUUUGGGUGUGAAGAAGCUCAUUAUAUGUCAAAAGAUUACAAUAAUUUGCUUUGGGUCUGUCUAAUCUCCUUAAUUGCCCUUAGUUAGGACACAUAUAGACACAGAUUCUUGUGUUUUUAGUUUAAUUGGGGUGGUUUUGAUUUGGUUAUGUAAAUGGAUUUUAGGGUUUAAGGGGGGUUUUGAGCUUUUCUGAGCUCAUUUAGUUGGUUGCUUUUUUCGGAUUUGUCAAUUUUUUUUGGGUUGUUUUUGGGUGUGAAGAAGCUCAUUAUAUGUCAAAAGAUUACAAAUGAUUUACACUCUUGAUAAAUAAAAGUGUGUUUUCUUGCUAUUA